AUGAUGGGGGAUGAACCAGAGCAACAACAAGAGUUGAAAGAACAAGAUCUUCCUCACUUGCCGAAAAAAUUAUCGCUCAGUGAUUAUCUAAAUAAAACGGACUUAUCAAAUCCAACGAAUUUAAACAGUUUUAUCAAAGAAAAUCAUAUUAUACGUUGGGAUCAUGAAAGCGAACAAGAAUUUGCCAAACGUGUGAAAAAAAUUAAUUAUUUAAAUUUAGCUCAGCAAUUGAUAUGUAACAAUACAAAAAAAGUAGUACAUCAUUCUAGUGCAUUUCCUUCACAAGCAAAUAGUCAGAUACAAAAUGCAGAUGUAAGAGAUAGUGAUCAACAAUAUGUAUCCACAUUCUUAAACAACAAUGAUAGUGCUGUUAAGCGAAUGAAACCUUUAUACGACUAUGAUGAAGCUGAUGAACAACCCGAUAAUUACGAUGAGGAAGAACAAGAAGAAACAUCAAGUGACAGUGAGGAUGAAUAUAUUCCGAGGAGAAAGUCGAAUUUUGCUAACGAUAUUAAACAAAAAUUGCAUAAUCUGGCUGCGGAAGUACAACGAACAUUUGGCACGUCCACUAGUGACGACGACAGAUUUUUAGAAUCGAAUGAUGCCAAGUCGAAAAACCAGAUAUCGAACAAGAACACUGUACAAAAUCGACAUCAUGUAUAUACAACAGAUGAUCAUCUUGCAGAUAAUUUUUUCAUACCAAAAGUGGAGAAAAUCGAGCCAACAGUUGAUGAAAAUGAUGUAUCAUCACAAUUAUUUUAUACAAAUGAAAGUUUAUUACCUCAAGUUGAUUGGGAAAAUCUAGAAAAACAAUUAAAACAAGCACAAGUAGAACGUGAACGCUAUGAUAAGGCACGUUUAAAUGAUCGUGAUGAAAUACGACGAAAAUUGGCUAUGGGUAAUGAAUCUGAAAAUGAAGACGAUUUUUAUACAUCAGAUUAUAUUAAAAAAUCAUUAACAUCGUCUCAUCGUAUUCAAGGUUCAAACCUACAAAUAUGUUUUAUGAAUGAGCCAACAAGUGAUAAUGAUUGUGGACCCGAUAGUGAGAUUAUCAAUGGACACGAAAGAAAAUAUCAUCAGAUUCAAUCACGUUUAAGAAAAAAUCUCAAACAAAAAGUAAAUGAUAAUUCUGAUCAGUCAUCAGUAAAUGACACUGAGAAUGUGGAUAAUGAUAAUAUACUUACUAAACAAAAAAGGCUUAAAGAGGAAGCUAAAAUGGCUCUUGCUCUUAUUCAUCCAAUGGCUAAAAUGCAAGUUGAAAUUGAACGACGAAAAAGAGAAAAAAAAAAAUCACCAAUAUUUGAUAUUAUUGGUAUACAUAAUUAUGAUGAAAAGUCCUUUACUCCACAUAUGUUAGAAGAUAUGAAUAUUGGACAAUUACAAGUAAUUGUAAAUGAUCUCCACUGUCAGAUAGAAAAUCACAAUGAUAUUCUUAUUCCAUUGUUGAUUGAACGAGAUGAAUUGCAUAUGGCACAAGACUCAAUUCUAGUUGAUAUUGAAGAUUUGACUAAACGUUUGCAAGAAUAUGCUGCUAAUAUAACAUUCGGAGCAACAAUUCAUUCAGACAAUUCAAAACCUAAUCCACAACGUGUAUUUAUCAUUAAACAAGAUACAAAUAAAGAAAAAAAGAAAUCAUCGUUGCUACAUCGUUUACUACGUAAAGCAACUGUCAUUUGA